AUGAACGCAACUGUUGACAAGGUCAUUACCGAGACCAUUAACGGUCUUGAUGCCGAGCUUCGCCAAAUUAGUAUCAAGAUUCACGACAACCCUGAACUUGGUGAACACGAGUUCAAUGCUUCUCACUUGUUGUGCAACUAUCUUGAAGGAAAGGGUUUCCGUGUGACGCGUGGAGCAGCUGGUAUGCCCACGGCCUUUAUUGCAGAAUAUGCAAACAGCACAAAGGGUCGCAGAAUGGGUUACUGCUCCGAGUUUGAUGCAUUGCCAGGCGUUGGACAUGCAUGUGGUCAUAAUCUUAUUGCUAUUAGCGGAUUGGCUUGUGCAAUUGCCACUAAAGCGCUCUUGGAGCAUGGCUUGAUCGAAGGAUCUGUUGUUUUGUACGGCACCCCUGCCGAGGAGUCGACCUCUGGUAAGAUUACCUUUGUCCAAAAGGGUGAAGUACAAAGCCGCGUGGAUGUUGCCAUGAUGCUGCACCCUGGUCCUGCUAAUGGUGUUUUUGUCAAGAUGCUUGCUUUGGAUGCUCUUAAAGUGGAAUUCUUUGGAAAGGCUUCCCAUGCUGGCAUGAAGCCUUGGGAUGGUAUCAAUGCUUUGGACGCAUUUAUGCAAGGCUGGAACAACGUUUCCAUGUUGAGACAGCAAACUUUGACAACCAACAGAGUCCAUGGUAUUAUCACAGACGGUGGCAAAUCGGCCAAUGUAAUCCCAGAUUAUGCUGCUGGUCGCUUUUACUGCCGAGCAGUUACGCGUGCCCAAUUAAGGGAGUUUAAAGAAAAGGUUGAAAACUGCUUCAAGGCCGCUGCUGGUGCUACUCAAUGUCAAUUGAAGUUGACUUGGGCUCCAUACGGUGCCAUUGAUGAUGUGUUCCAGAACUCAGAAUUGGGAUACUCGUAUAUUGAUUAUAUGAAGCAAGAAGGCGCCCAGUUCUUCCCUCGAUCGGUAGAAGAAACUGUAGUUAGCGGUAGCACAGAUAUGGGUAACUUCAGCUACGUAGUUCCGACACUCCACCCUGGAUUUGAGAUUGGAACCACAGCUGCCAAUCAUACAGUGGAGUUUACUAAGGCUGCAAGAACACCAGAAGCACAUCAGUAUACCCUUCGUGCUGCUCGAUCCUUGUCAAGAACAGCUGCUUCGGUUUUCCUUGAUGAUUCAUUCUACGAGCGUGUGCGUGCCGAAUUUUUGCAAGGCAAGCCCCAAUAA